AUGGGUGGACAUGUGUCUCAUAUUGGACAGUUGUAUUUUAAUGAAACUCUGACAGAUCAAAUUAGUCAACUAGCGCCCUACAACACGAGAAGAGGAGAAAGACUGAGAUUAACAAAUGAUUUUAUAUAUACAAGACUAAAUGGAUCAGCAGCUAUGGUCAAUGUUCAACUGAAAAAUGAAGCGAAUAAUUUAAGUGGAGGUAUUAUUGGGCAUGUAACACUUGGAGUUAAUUCAAAACAAACAGUUCAACCAGAAAUGAAUUUUGGUAUGCGACCACCGCGUCCUGGACAACGACCACCGCCACGACCAACUCGUCCUUAG